UCUAUGAUUUGAGAAAUGAGUAAUGGUUUAGUGCGGUACCGGUGCGAGAUGACAGGCGGCGGAUUGUAAACACAAAACAGUCAACAUGGCGGCGGGAUUGGUUGAUUACGGCUCGUCUUCGGAGGAGGAAAACGAAGAGGAGCUGGCCAAGGAGAUAAGCACAAGAAUCGCAGACCAGAAGACAGUGAAUUACUUUGAGUCGCCGGGGGACAAGGGGCAAGCCAAGAAAACCAAGAAGAAUGAAACCAAAAAGCAGGAGGUUCUGGUCAAUCCGUUGCGCAAGAGUGGCCUUCCUUUGCCCUUUGAGAACGACUCCUCCGCUUCGGUGUUCUUCAACCCAUUCCACAAGGCACAGGAGGACAAGAAGACGGUUCUUGAGAAACACGUGAAGAUGACCGAAAACCCCAAAGAUGUGCUGGAGAUCAAUGGGAAAAAGAUCUGCUGGAAUUACCGAAAGGGACGGUGCAAGUUUGGACACAACUGUAAAUAUGCACACGAUUCUGACAUCAGUAAGCCAUCAGAGUCCAAAGAAGUGCAGAGUAACCUCAACUCAACCACCACAGCAGCAGCCCUGUAUGGUGACACAGCAGCCAGUCAGGUCUCGGUCGGUGAGUCUGUUGUUGACGAGCUGUCAGCUAAGAAGAAGAAGCGUCCCGGCCUGUCCGAAGGGAUAGUUCCUAGUAAAAAGGUACAAAAGAUUUAUCGCAAGCAGCAGGCCAAGGAGACUCCGUGGCUGCUCAAAUGAUUAGCAGGUUCUGGUUCUCAAUCACUGGUGACAAUUCCUGAGUGAAAUUUGUUGGCAGGUGUAGCAAGUUGUGUUAGCAGAUUUUAUUUUUGUAACAAUAUGCAGUGUCACGAUUUACAAAAGUGCUUUUUAACAAGAGAAAUCAGCACUGAAACAAAAACUUUCAAGCUUUUAUCGUGGACUUCCUAUCAGUGGACAAGUUUUUGUUGACUGAAAGUUUAUAUUUAUAUUUUAUCAACAUUUACAUCAGUAUUUUCUGAAAUGCUGAUAACCUAAACACACUGAAUUGGCUUAGGCUAAGUAUAGAACAUGCAGAACACCACAAACCUUGAUCCUUACAUUACAUAAGGCAAGUGUUGCUUUGUGAUGGUGAAGCCAAAGAUAAUGACAGCUGCCUUUGUGCUGUCACUCUCUCUUGAUGUGUUUUUGAUUCUCGAGUGCAUGAUAAGUCACAUGUACAGAAUAACUUGACUCUUCACUCCUGCACUCAUCUCAAGACCAAUCAUGACACACCAACUUGAUCUGAAGGUGGAUUAAAACUUCAGCAAUGAGAGCCGGGCUAAGACUGAACCCCUGACAGAGAAGAAAAGAACAGUCAGAUGCUAAGAUAAUUUAAGACUCUAAUACCUUAAGUCAGGAUGCUUAGUGAGUGGCCAAGUACAGUCAAAAUUAUUAAAGUAACUAUCUCCAUUCACUUCUGCCUCUGUCCUCUAGUAUAGUAACAAUCCAUAGCUCAUGUAGGAUUGUCACUAGACUGGAGGACUUCAGAUCAGUAAGGUAGAGGUGAAUGGAGAUAGUUACUUUAAUCUUGACUGUACCGGGCCACUCACUAAGCAUGCUGACUUAGGUAUUAGAGCCUUAAGUUAUCUUAGCAUCUGACUGUUCUUUGCAUCUCUGUCAGGGGUUCAGUGUUACCCUGACUCUCAUUGCUGAAGCUUUAAUCCAUUUUCAGAUCAACUUGGUGCAUCAUGAUUGGUCUUGACAUAGGGAUGCUGUGUGGGAGGAGAGUUAAGGCCCUAUCACACUGGCCUAUGAUACACGGAACCAGGAACAUCCACUCCAGAUAGCUGGAACUUGCCCAGGAUUAGCAGAACCAAGUUGGGAUGGAUUCAUAUCCAUCCCGGUUCUCCGUAUGCUAUCCCAAUGGAAAAUAAACAUAAUAUAUGUAAUAAAAACCUUUU